AUGGCAGUUAGUAGAAUUGGUGGUGAUGAAUGGGAUCAGAUUCCGGAUGACGAAUUGGAAGAAACGAUUGGUGAAAGGCUUUGGGGUCUUCGUGAAAUGUUUCCAGAUGUAUUCAGAUGUAAAUUAGAAUCAUCAGUGGAUUGGUCAGUAUGGGCUGCGAAGCAUACGUUUUCGUUUGUAAGAUCUGCGCUUUGGAUUGUAUCAUCAUCGAUGAUGAUUUUAGUCUUGCCAUAUGUAAUUGAAAAAGAAAGGUCUGAGUACGAGAAAAGUCAGGUAGCUCAGCAGAGGCAAAUGUUGCUUGGCCCAAGUGCUGCCGUAAGUGCAGCAAAGCAUUAG